UUAGAGAGAGAGAGUGAAAGAAGAGUCUUUUUCUAAUGCCCCCAUCAUCUUCAAUCUCAUCUUCCUUCACACCACAGCCACUGUGAUCCCAUCUCUUCAUAAUUCAUCAUUUUUCAACUCUUAUCUCCCUUUUCUUCUCUUCUUCUGCUGCAUACUGUUGGUGUGCCUGUUGAAGAAUCUGGGAAGUGGGGUUAUUUUUUGGUGGUGUGUUUUGGUGUCUGCUUCUGUUCUCUGUGUCUCUAGCUUCAGGGGUUUGUUUGUUGUUGAGGGUUGGUUUUCGUGAAGAUCGAUGUUGGGUUCAGGUACCAAUCUGGUGACCACGGUCAUUGGAUUUGGGAUGAGUGCUACUUUCAUUGUGUUUGUCUGCACAAGAAUAAUCUGUGGAAGGCUACGAAGGGGUGCUGAAUCUCGGAUGAUAUAUGAGUUUGAAUCAAGAUUUGAUCUAGAACAGCCAGAACAUCAUGUUAAUGACCAUGAUCCUGAACCUGUUUUGCUUGAUGCAAUCCCCACUUUGAAGUUCAACCAAGAGGCUUUCAGUUCAAUUGAAGAUACACAGUGUGUAAUAUGUUUGGCAGAUUACAAAGAAAGAGAAGUAUUGCGCAUCAUGCCGAAAUGCGGUCACACUUUCCAUCUUUCUUGCAUUGAUAUAUGGCUGAGAAAACAAUCUACUUGUCCGGUAUGCCGUCUUCCAUUGAAAAACUCUUCUGAAACAAAACAUGUGAGACCUGUAACAUUUACUACUACCAUGAGCCAAUCUCAUGAUGAGUCUCAUACAUCAGAAAGGAAUGAAGAUGUUGAGAGGCGUGUUGAACCUACUGCUAGCAACUCCUUACAACCAACCUCUGCAGAACCAGAAGCAAGGCAAUGACCUUAGAGGGCUAAAAAGGUUGUUCUGCUCAAAAAGAGAGUAGUGUGUACAUUUUCUGCUUCUCCAGAGGAAUGCUUCUGAUUAGAUUGGGUUCAAAUUCUUUGUCUGCGUUAUGGCCUUCAUAUAUUCACUUGGUGGUGCAAAACGGAUCAGGAUCCUCUCUUGACAGUGCCGUGAAACAUUGUGUCAGUCUCUCUCUCUUCAUAAAUAUUCAGAGGGUCUCACCUUAUGAAGAGUGUUAGACACAUAGUUUCAACAUGACAGUUGACAGUGUCAUGUGAAGUUUCCACAUGAAAGGAUCCCGAUCGGGUGUAGACAUACCUGAGUCAUGUACAUAAUUUGUCUCAUUAUGUAGAAUAUGCAGGCCAGCCAGGCCUAGGCCUAGAUUUUGAUGAAAUUUCAUGCACGCCAAGUUAGAUCUACUCUAGCAAGACACUAUUACUCUUGUUUAUGCAUAACAGAUUAAACAGAUAUUUAAUGACAUGUAUUGGCUCUUGUACAAUUAAUUUUUAGUUGCAACUUUCUUCUAAAUAA